GAGGAUGCCUGGACCCUCCCAAUGCAGAGGAGGAGUACAGUAGAAGAAAAGGAUGGUAUAAAGCCACACAGAAUCCCAGAAGAAGUUGCAUCAAGUGAGACACAUUCAGCAGUGCGAAUAAAGUGGUUACUGGACCAGACAAAAGAAGAGGAGUGGCAGAAUUAUAGAGCAACAUUGUGGAAGCUCUUAGAUAGCAAAAUUCCGUCCUUUCUAAAGGAACAUUAUAUAGACAUAAACAUAGCGUCUGCACCAAAUACAUUGGAUAGAGUUAACCAAGUAUGGGGACUUAUAGAAGAAGCUAUUAUUAAAUCAGCAAAGCAAAACCUUCCAAAUAAGAAAAUUAAACCUUCAAAGAGUGCCGUUAGGAAUAGAAAAAGGAAAGACUUAUGGUUGACAGCUGCACAGAAUCUGGGAAAGAUUAUGAGAGAUAUUAAAAGAGCAGAUAAUCCACCUAAUAGCUGCUCAGUUUUGCAAUGGAACAAAGGUCUGAAGAAAAUAAACAAAUCGACAGGUAGUGAAAUCACAUUGGUCACUGACUUCAUUACUGAAAGCUGGUUAGAAGAAGCAAAGGUAUGGUGGAAAACUUUUGAAGGCAAAGUGGUCACCGAAGAGAAUAUACGAAUCAAGAAAGAAAUUAGAGUUUGUGUUGAAAGAAGAGCACAAAUGAUCGUUAAGGAACAAAAACGAAUGCUAACAAGCCUGCUAGAAAAAUCAACUGCCAAAGUGACAAUUGACAGAGUUUAUACCGAAGAGGCAGAGAGCGCUCGGCUAGAAACAAAACCUAAAGAGGUGCUUAGGAUUACCAAAGAGCACUUUCAAAACCAGUUUCGUAAAAGAAAAACAAAUAUAGCCUUGCUGAAUGGAGAUUGGCACCAAGAAUAUAGUCCUAUUGCAUGGAUACAGGAGAAUUGGUAUGAUUCAUUACUCGAGCCAAUCGAAUUAGAAGAGUGGGAAGCA